ACUUAACUCACGUGGGUUUGUAGCAGAGCUGGAACCACAAGCAAGAUUUCCAAAAGUACAAUUGCACGUGGAAGCCCACGUUUCCUACAUGCAUAUAAUUCAAAAUUGCAUUUCCUUUGUACUGAGAUGUUCUUUGUCUGAGGCUGAACUUUGGGGAACACAUUCUUUCUGAUAUUGGUGACAGGUGAAUGAUGAAGGGGGCUGUGCUUUCUGGUGAUAAGGGUUUUCUUUUGUCUUUAAUCUGAGAAAGGAAAGGGAAAGGCUGUGCUUUCAAAGUUGCAGGACUGGGCAAAAUCACUUCCAAAGGAGCAUGUUCUGCAGGUACUGCUGCCUGCCUGGCCAGACUUCAGCUACUCCCACUUGCUGGUGCUGCCCAUGAGGCUGCACUGUCCCAAAGGAGCUGCCUUUCCUAUGCCCUGUGAGAAUGGGACCUAUCAGUCAUGGGAGGAGAGGGAUUUAGGGAGUCUAGCAAAAGUAGGGCUGUGUAUUGUGAUAAAAAUUGAUUUUUUUGUCACUGAGAGAUGAGUCUUGCUGAGCCUUAGCAAGACAAAAAGGAUUUUGAAUGCCACUGCUUCCUUGUUUCUGUUAAGAUUGUGCUAAGUCGGUGUUGGAUGGGACUAGGCAAACGGAAGCAUCAGUAUCUGCCAAGAGUGGAAGCCAAAACAGGCUUCUACAACUAUGAAGUUGUUGAAGGAGUAAGCAGAAGCCAAAUCGUUCUCCUCUUUAGGGCGAAGAAACUUAAUGCCCAGAAAAAUACAAGGGAGCUAUUCCUGUCUAGCAGCUCGUGCAUGCUACAGAAAACCCCACAAGAAAUACAGCUGCACAGACGUGAUUCUGUUCCCUAGAUGGGAUUACUCGAAUAAAACUUCAGACAGCUCCUUUGUUAGACAUCUGUACCUGAGCUAGCUUUUGUACUCCUGUAGUCAGUGGCGAGAGGCACUUCAGGGCUGCAAUUUGUCUCUCUUAUUUUACUUGUCUGCCUUAGGAUGAGAUGAAUUGCACUUGAAGCGCAGUUCCCCUGGAAGUGCUGUUUCUCUCCAGCUACUGCAACACGAUUCUGAACAACUGCAUCAGAAGUACACAGUGAAGCCCACGUCCUGGGUUUAGCUUGAAUAUGUUGAUGGAGAAUGACAUUGCUUGUCGUGUCUUAUAAUGUUUCCCGAGCAAGAUGCUACUUUUUGUAUCCUAGGUUUUGGAGCACACACUCCUGAGCUGUGCCCUGCUGGGUACUUCUGUCUGCCAGGUACCAACUUCAGUACAGAGCAUCCAUGUCCAAAGGGUACCUUUGGCCCCAGGACUGGUGCCACCAGCAACUCUGACUGUGAACCCUGCCCAGCAGGCAUGUAUUGCUCAGCACCAGGUCUUUCACAGCCUUCUGGAUUUUGCUAUUCAGGUUACCAUUGUGCCAAGGGAGCCAUCAGCCCAACCCCUUUCAAAAACAGGGUGGAAUUUGCUGGCCCUGUGUUGCCUGGUAAUGAUAUCUGUCCUGCAGGUCAUUUCUGCCCCAACGGAACCGAGAAUCCCAUGCCUUGCCCUCCUGGCUCCUUCUCUGCUGUCAGGGGCCUGCAGGCAGAAGAGCAGUGCCAGCCCUGCCCUGCUGGCCGAUAUUGCAGCAGGGCAGGAUUGUUUGAUCUGGCUCAGACGUCGCUGUGUAACGCAGGGUACGUUUGUUUGGAAGGAAGCUCUGCUCCCUGCCCUUCUGAUGGGGUUUAUGGAUACAGAUGUCCUAGUGGCUUCUAUUGUCCUGCUGGCACUGGACUAGAACUGCCCUGUGAGCCUGGCACCUUCAGCCCUAUGCCUGGGGCAAGUACAUGCCUCCCUUGUCCAGCUGGUAUGGCCUGCAGCCAUGCAGCCACUGCAGAGCCUCUCAGCUGCCCCAGAGGUUACUAUUGUCCAGCUAGGACUGCUGCUCCCCUGCCAUGCCCUGAAGGGACACUGAAUACCAUGGAGGGGGCAUUGGCCCCCACUGCUUGCAAGCUGUGUCCAGUGGGGAGGUACUGCAGAGGAGAUGCUAACUGGGAGCCUGAUGGCCUGUGUUCAGCUGGGUACUAUUGUGAAGGAGGAGCCACUGAUGCAGUUCCACGUGGGACACCAACGUUCCCUCUCAGUGGGCCCUGUCCUCUUGGACAUUAUUGUCCUGAGGGCACUCCUUUCCCAGUUGCCUGCCCAGUUGGGACCCUGAACAACAGCACAGGUGGUACCUCUCCAGAGAGCUGUGUGCCGUGCUAUCCUGGGUCUUUCUGCGCUAGCGUUGGUUUGAGUUCUCCAACAGGACCUUGUACUGAGGGAUUUUACUGCCCAGCAAACUUCAGCUCCUUCAGCCCCACAGCAUUUCUUUGCCCUAAGGGUCACUUCUGCCAGAUAGGAGCAGCCCAUCCAACACCAUGCCCUGCUGGGGAGUACCAGCCAGCCAGGGGCUCUGCGUCCUGCAUUCCAUGCCAGAGAGGGUUCUACUGCCAGGAGCUGGUGGCUGGAGACCCCAAGAGCUGCCCACCACAUACUUACUGUCCUACAGGCACGCAGUUUCCUCAGACAUGUCCUGAAGGCACCUUUACUCCUCCAAAUAUGACUGGCCUCUGGAAUGAGAAGCAGUGCCUGCCUUGCUUACCUGGUCACUACUGCAGGCGUGGACAGCUAGUGGGGAAAUGUGCUGCUGGAUACUUCUGCCUUGCUGGGAGCUCUCAGCCCACUCCACAGGGCCCUGGCUUUUCCUGGCGCUUUCUGUCUGGGUGCCAAUGGGGUCAGACAUGUGCUGGGCUGUGUCCUGCAGGUUUCUACUGCUUGGAAGGCUCUGAGUUACCUAUACCGUGUCCUGCCAAUACUAUUAGAGAUGUUCCAGGGGCUGGACAGAAGGAAGACUGCCUGCCCUGUCCACCGGGCCACUGGUGCAAAGCAGGAGACUCAGAGGCUUCUCCAUGUCCUUCAGGACACUAUUGCCUUGGAAGUAAUGGCAGUGACCAGGACAGUCUGUUGGCACCUCAGAAAUGCCCUCCACAUACUUACCGCAAGCUUCCAGGAGCUCAGAGUGUGACAGAUUGCCAGCCAUGUCCUCCAGGCUAUCACUGCCCUCUCUCAGGUCUAACCAGUUUUGAGGAUUAUCCAUGCCCACUGGGAUACUGGUGUCCUGGUCAAGGGGAUGCUUUCUUUUGUCCACCUGGCACUUCCAGGGUACAUCCUGGUGCAAAAUCAUUGGAAGAAUGUGAUCCCUGCUCAGCUGGCUACUACUGCCCAGACCCAGCACAGACAGGGCUGCCUAACACCCAAGGAGUACCUUGUGAACCUGGCUAUGAAUGCCCAGCAGGUUCAGUCAGUCCAAAGCCUUGCAGGCCUGGCUCAUACUGCAGUGCUCAGACAGCUGUGCCCUCCGUGUGCCCUGCUGGGUAUUACUGCCCUGAAGGCUCAUCAACAUACAAUAACCCUGAGCAGCUAUGUGUGUUUCCCUAUUACUGUCCCCCAGGCAGUGCCCACCCACUGCCCUGUGAAGGAGGAUACAUGGCCCUCAGCUCGCCUGGGCCGAGGGAUUCCUUUGAGAAGUUCUGCAGAAUCUGUGAUGCAGGCAGCUAUCGUAAUGACUCUUUCAUCUCUGCUCCCUGUCAGCCCUGCCCAGCAGGCUUCAUCUGCCCACAAGGCAGUGAAACUUACCACGAGAAGCCUUGUCCCAUUGGUUAUUACUGCCCUCCCCUGGCAUCUGCCCCUCUUCCCUGUCCCCCGGGGACCCGUGGGAGCAACAACUUGGCCAAGCAUAUAGAGGAUUGUCAGGCCUGUCCUGCUGGCACCUUCAAUCACCUUCCUGCUCAAGCUGCCUGCUUUCCCUGUGGCAGCUCCUCUUCAUCACAGCCAGGUGCUACCAGCUGUACCUGCCAUGGGCUGAACCGGGCUUUCCAGCACUCAGAUGCCUCCUGUAUCUGCCAGGCAGGAUACAUUUACUAUGAUGAGCGAGGCAAGGAAAACUCUGACAGCAACAGUGAUCAGGACUGCCGACCUCAGGUGGACGAGCUCUGUGCUCCUGGAGAGAUCCGUUUAGCAUCUACACGCCGGUGUGUUUUUCCUGAGCAAUAUGACUGCUCUCCAUCUUGUGGGCCUGCAGGUGGAGAGGUUAAUGCAGAGCUGGGCAUGUAAGUCUCAGCAGCCGCUCAUUAGGGAACGCUUCACAAUUAGUUCUGACUGGUUAAGUUACUGAUCCCAUGAGGUCAUUUCAGGGUAGGAC